AGCCUGCCUGAUCAGGCUACGCAAUAAUCAACCCUUGUCUAUGGUGCAGAUAUCGUGCCAUAUUCAGUCAGGCACCCGAAUAAAUCGCGUGUCAAGCAAUACAUAUAAGCAACAGAUGGGUUCUCUCUCGAAAAUCAAAACUCGUUCUCUGUUUCUUCCCCCAAAAUCAAUGCAAAACAAACCACGAUGGAUGCAUCCAAGAAGGAACAAGCAAGCGGUGAAAAAUCAGAAACCAAAUCUGCACGGGUGAUCCAACGCACAGGCUACACCACUUCGGGAGCAUCCCAUAUCGGCCCCGCAACAGCCACCGAAACAUUCAACAUUAGCAGCGACGCGUACAGCACCCGUCCACUGAGCUCAUUGAAACUAGACAUGAGAUUGAAACCGGUCUAUUUUCCUUCAAAUUACGCUUACUGAUACUUGAUCUCUCGUCUGUGCUGCGAGCCACAUAUCCUUCUUCGUCUGCCCAGAAUGUCGACCCCAACACCAAAAAGUCGAUCCUCGUCCCCGACGGUGUUCGAGCAGCAACGCGAGGAAUUGGUUCGGGAGAUUGCAGUGGGCAUGGAGCAGGUCUUGCAAAACAUCAACCGGCUGAACCGGAAUCUGGAGAGCAUCAUUGCUGUUGGAAAUGAAUUCGGCUCCGUGGAGGCGCUCUGGUCUCAGUUCGAAAACUUCAUGGGCCGUCCUCGGGAGGAGGUCGAGGAGCAUGGUUCUCGACAGAGAGAGGAUCAAAAUAUUAAUGAAGGGCCGAGUGAGCUUCAUGAUCAGGACUUCCAUAAAGUCCAGGGUCGAUGAUCGCAUAGGAGUUUUAUAAUGCGAUGGCCGUCGGCCACGAACAUAAUGUGAAAUGGAUAAUAUGACACGACUUUUGCUUGACUGCUACGCUCGUUUUCACUGGUAUCAUCACUUUUCUUAAUUGGUUGAAACGGUUGCAUUUAUCUUCAUAGACUCUAUAUCAAUUGAUUCGUUAAAACAGUAUGGGCGAGACAAUCUUUGAAUUGCUUGCAGUU